AUGAGAAGUUUUUCCUUUGCAAAAUCAUCAUCUUUGACUCAUCUCUCUAUCUUUCGUUCGUUCUUGCUUUCUCCUCCAGUGGUGAAAGUCUGUGUCCCAUGAAGAAUAACAUUAGUGUCGAAUCGAAACUCCUCCACGACGACUUUAUAGUUUGGUUUUGGUUCAACCCCCCUUCAUCAAACUAGAGUAUACAGAGUUUUGUCAUAACUUGGGACGGACUGGUCUGUGCUGGCUGGAUGUUGAACAAAUUCAUCCAACAGAAAAUUACAAAAGGACAUUUGAUCUUUCCAACCAUUCAUCUGAAUCAUCCAGCAAAUAAGUGCCAAUCAAACAACGUAGGAUCUCAAUGAAUAUUCAUCUACUACUAUAGCAUUAUUGCAUUUGUAAUUGAGAUCCAUUCCAUACCUGCAGAAAAAUGGGAUUGGGUUUACGAGCUCUUUUCACUGCAAUAACCGCCGGAGCUGUUUUAAUUUUAACAGUUUGGUACUAUGAAAUGCAAAUACAUUUUGGAUUUAAAAUUGCUGUCGGAGCUACAAUUCUACUCUAUCUGUUUAUACCAUUCCUAUUCCACUUCAGUAUUUCAAUUCAGCAACAUUUAGUCUUUCUCCCGUUUGUACGUUGGCCGCAUAAUGUAAACUUUUCUGCUCCUGAAACGGAAGAACUCUUUGGAACCAGGAAUCUUUAUUUGACGCCAGAAGAAGGCAUUUCCAUUGGCGUCUGGCAUCUGCUUCCAAACAGUCUAAUUGCAGAUUCGAAAGGAAGGAAUGACGAGUAUUGGGAAAAUGCAAUGCGAAACAGUGGAAGGCCCAUAAUUCUUUAUUUGCAUGGAAAUUCUGGUUCCAGGGCAGGGCCGCAUAGAAAAGAGCUUUAUCAAAUCUUGCAAGAAUUGGACAGUCAUGUCCUUUGUUUGGAUUACAGAGGAUAUGCGGAUUCCACACAAGUUGCGCCAACCGAAACUGGCGUGGUUUCGGAUGCCAGGGCCCUAUAUAAAUAUAUUCGUAGAAUUGUGGGAAACACUGGAAACACCAAGAUAUUCGUCUGGGGUCAUUCCUUGGGCACUGGGGUCGCAUCUCAUAUGGUGGCAGAUUUAUGCGUUGAAGGGGACAGUCCUGCUGCAUUAAUUUUGGAGUCACCAUUUACUAAUAUUGGAGAAGAAGUCAAAAACCAUAUGCUUUCAGCUAUUUACCGGUAUCUCCCUGGAUUCGAUUAUAUAUUUGUGAGACCACUGGAAAAAAAUGACAUUGCAUUCCAAAGUGACCGUCAUAUUGCCAAAAUUGACAUUCCUAUUGCUAUAUUUCAUGCGAUUGAUGAUCCUGUUGUCCCAUUUGCCCUGGGAGUCAAGCUAUUUCGGAUAGCUGGACGCUCAAGAGGGACUUUAGCAAAGCCAGUCUACUUUAAGAGAUUUGGAGAAGGAUUUGCUCAUAAAUUUAUUUGCAGAUCUCCGGAUCUUCCCAACUUAGUUAAACAGUUUCAAAACUGUACCACGUCCGAUACGUGGCCAUGUGUUGGAUUUGAUAACUUUAACAUUGAAAUUGAGUAACGACAAAUAAUCUUUAAUUUCUUAAGUGGUUGGUCGGUCUGUACCAGUACUUGCUAAGUGACAUUCCUAAUUCAUAUCUUAAUGAAUAUCUUAUUAUUUUAAGGUUACUCACUUUUUGAGCAUUGUAUUUAAUUUUGCAAUUUUAAUUCAUAUUGCUAUUAUCCGAAUGCAAUAUACCUACAAUUUUUUAAAUUCUUCAACUUCAACUUCAAAUUUCUAUUAAUAACUAUGUACAAUAAGCCUAUGAGCUAAUGCUGCUUAAUAAUUGGUAUUUGUGUACCAUUUUUUGUUGUGAUAAUUACUCAGCUCAGACUAAUCCUAAGUCACGUGGCAGCCUAGCCAUUUAGCCUGCGUUGUGUUGUGAGAAAUAACCAAUUUUGAUAUUCCGUCAAACCGGUCGCAAAUUUGUCACAAAUAAAAUAGCGGAUGUAUGUGUUGUAAUAAUAAACCAAUAAGCGCUCGCUAAAAUUGAA